GACAUUCAAUAUUUUUUUAACGUCAAAUGUCGUGUCAUUUUUUUUUAUGUCUAUUGUUUAAAAAAAAAUUCAUGACGUCUUAAUCUAAUCCACACGAAAAAAAAUAAAAUAAAAAACAAUAUAAUUAAUAUUUCUAUCUGCUUGUAUUACUAAUUUUUUAAUUUGUUAUAAUUGUUUAAAUUUUUGGAGCAGUUCGUAUACUUGACAGUUAAAUUGAUAAUAAAAAAAAUAUUAUAAAUAAUUUAUUAUUAAUCAUGGACGAUGUACUUGAUGAGAUUGUUUCAUCAGACGAUUUAAAGAAAUUUGAAAUUAAAUAUAAUGAACAAUUAAGAUCAUCAAGUGUCACACAAAAAGUACAAUUUGAAUAUGCAUGGUGUCUUGUUAGAAGUAAAUAUCCAGCAGAUAUAAGAAAGGGUAUUGUACUUUUGGAAGAUUUAUACAAUAAUCAUGGUGAUACUGAAAAGAGAGAUUGUAUUUAUUAUUUGGCAAUUGGAAAUGCAAGAAUAAAGGAAUACACCAAAGCUUUGCAGUAUGUUAGAGCUUUCCUCCAGGUUGAACCUGGUAAUCCACAAGUACAACAACUUGAAAAAUUAAUUAAAAAGAAAAUGGAAAAAGAGGGUCUUGUUGGAAUGGCUGUUGCAGGAGGAGUUAUUAUUGGUCUUGCAAGUGUACUGGGACUUGGAAUUGCAUUAGCAAAAAAUAACCGCAGCUAAUCUAAUCAUUAAUUCCAAUCAAUAAAAAGAUAAUUGAUUUAAAAAACAAAAACAAAUAAUGAAGAUAAAUUAUUGGCGUAACAAAAAUAUCUAGAUCAAUAUAAAAACUAGAUUUGUUAAUUCUUUUAUGUAAUAAAUUCGAAGUGAUCCUCAGUCUUAACAAUAAUUAAAAGAAAAAAAAAAAAAAAGUCAUAUUAUUUAUAACAAUAUUCUUGCCAACAAGAUGUAAUUUUUUUUUUUUUUUUUGGAAAAACAUUCCAAAUUUGUUUUUUUAUAUACUAAUCGACUUGCUCCUUCGUAUUUAAUAUUUGUACAGUCUUGUCAUGUUAUUUGUAUAAUUAAUUAAUGUGAUUAAUAAAAAAUUAAAAAAUAAUAUUUAAAACGUA